GUAUACCCACAGUGUCCCACAGAUUCAUUUAUAGACCUAGGGCCUAGGUCUAUAUUAUAUAAUAUAUAUCAAUUAUAUGUCUAUUAGUAUACCAGGUACUGUUACUCACUGUUAGUACUUUCUAAGAGUUUAAGAGUCUAGAGUAGAUCUACUUGAAUCUAGACUCAUUCUUAGUUUCUGGAUUAGUAAUCAUCUUAUGAUCUUAAUCUUUAGUUAUCAUCAUCAUGUAAUGUUAAUUUGACUUGACUUGAGCUAGAGGUCUAACGAACAAUGCCAAGCUACUGUUGCAUAAUAGGGUGCUCAAAUACUUCAUCAAAAAACAAAGAAAUUGGAUUUUUUGGCAUUCCAAAAGUGAUUACAAGGCAGGGUUCUAGCUGUGAAGAAAUUACUAUGAAAAGACGUAUAGCUUGGCUCAAAGCAAUCAAUAGAAUAGACUUUACAUUGAAUUUUGUCAAAGGCAAAAAAUGGAUCAAAGUUUGUGGAAAUCAUUUUAAAAAAGGUAAGCCUGCUUAUGUACAAAAUGUGAAUGAUCCAGACUGGAUUCCAAACCUUAAACUGGGAUAUGAUCCUGAACAUAAGUCUAUAAGAUACGAGCUACCAAAUCAGAGAAAGGCCAAAAAUGCUUUGAGAAGUAGUAGACAAGCUCAGUAUUCAGAAAUGAAUGAACAAGAGAUAGUUGCAGCUCAGUUAAAACAAGAGUUUCCUCUUUAUCAUGAAAGUGUGCAAGAAAAAGAUCAUCAAGAGUUAAAGCAAGACUUUCUGCUUCAUCCAGAAGGUAUCAUAAAAGUAGAAAGACUGGAAGCGGAUGAACCACAACUAUGUGAAGAACUUGCCCCCACUUUGCCAUUGGGCGAUGACCGAAACUUUACUCAGCAUUUGGUGACAGAAAUAAAGAGAGAAGUCUUGCUUUCUUCUCUGUUGUCUGAACCCAGUGCUACUGACAUAAUCUUUCAAAACCUCAAUCAGGAACAGUUCACAUUGCAACAUCAUACCAAUGACAAUGAGAGAUAAAGAAAAGAACUAAGCUUGAAAAAAACAAAAACAAUCUCAAUCUAAACUGAUAGGAAUUCAGUUAUCUUGAACAGUUUAGAAACUGAACUAGUAUUCAAGCAAUCAAAUUUGGCAUAAACAACGUUCUAGUUGUUUGAAGAGACAUUAAAUUCUCUCAUUACACUUUGAGAGGAAAACUAGUUAUACUGGAAGUCAAAUUUGUCAGACAAGGUUUGAUAUAUCAUGAUGAUUUAUACUGGUGUGAAAAAGACCUCAUGCUGAUGAUGGCUGUGUAACUAAAAUAUAUCAGAGAGGAUUCUCUGCCUAUUUGAGACCCCAGCUAGUUCUUACUAUCAUAAAAGAUGUAUGAAAGAAUGUUUUCUACUAAAUAAGCACCUCUUUAUUCCUAGAUGUGAAAGGCAGAUCAAAAGUUUGCAUUAAAUAAUACACGGUUUGCACAAACAUAUUUAAAGAAUUUGUAUUUUAUUAUUGCCUUCUUUGUAAAACAAAUUUUUCUCUAUAUAAGUAAAAUACAUGUUGAAAAGAUAAACUUCUACUGUAAAUAUUACCUGUUAUUAAGUGGAAAUAUAAAUUUUUUUUUUUGCUUGUUCAAAAUCUAUAUAGAAAGUGUGAGGGAUACAUGCACAUUUUCUGGUAGCCACAAUCUAUUUUUUUUUAAUUAUCUUCUGAGGCUCUAGUGCCAAAAUUCAUAAUCAGAGCACACCUAAGCAUUUUUAAAAAACUUUUUGAAUGCAGCAUAUUUCAAGCUCAGUUCCCUAUGAUCCAAUCUCUUUUGUGGACUUCCGGUGAAGAGGUAUCUGGUAGAAGGUCUCCUUGCAGCCUUUUGCAUUACCUACGUACCAAACUCAAGUCACAAAUAGAUCAAUAAAUUCAACUAGACAGACAAUGUUUCAAUCAGAUUAAGGAGAGAUUUGAGGCACGGUGGCUGAGCGGUAAAGGGCUUGGCUUCUUAACAGGUGGUCCCGGGUUCGAAUCCUGGGUACCUAACAUUAAUUGGGGAAAAGUAAUGACGGUUGGUCAUUGUGCUGGCCACAUGACAACCCUUGUUAAUCAUAGGCCACAGAAACAGAUGACCUUAACAUUAUCUGCCCUAUAGACCACAAAGUCUAAAGGGGAACUUUUAAUGAGAGAUUUGGGUACCGGGUACAUCAUUUUUUGUUUUAAAUCUCAUUCUGCUUCUGUGUUUUUAAGUCAAGGAUUAGAAGUGAUUUUUUUUUUUUACUUGGGUGCCAUAGUGCUAUUAACUCUAUGCCUUAAUUUAUAUUAGAUUGUUUAAGAGUACUUUUAAGAUCUUCCCUAUCACCAUGAUUAACUUUGAAAACUCUAUGCCAAUCCAGCAAGUGUCUUCUUCUUCUAGCCAGCUUUAUUGCUGCUGAGCUGUGAGCUCUUUUGUAGACUGUGCCAAGGAAAAAAAGUGUGCUGUUUUCUUCAGCUGUUCAGCACUGCCGUAAAGGGUGUUGGUUAUGUUGGGUUGUAGUGGAAGUAGGGUCUGCCUAAGGUGGAUUAGGGAGGGGCAUUCAAAGAGGAUAUGGUUUACGGUUUCAAAGGGGUGGGCGCAAUGUCUGCAAAGGGGUAGUUGUGUGGAGUUUAUUUUGUUCAGGUAGUAAUUUAAUAGUGGUGUGUGUCCUGUUCUUAGUUGGAAGAUUGUAGAUUGUUCUUUGCGGGGGAGGAAGUUAAUACUGUCCAGUUUGUUAGGCGUAGUCAUUUCUCUGUACAUGGCUCUGCGUGUUUCCUGAUGCCCAUUGGUUGAGCCACUCCUCUUUGUGAUUGUUGACUAACAUUGACCUUAGGGUGAGGUAGUUAACAGGUCUAUCUGGUUGUUCCAUAGAUGAACCUGCCUUUGAUAGCUUACCUGCCAUUUCAUUUCCCAUGAUGCCAAUGUGUCCAGGGAUCCACUGUAGUGUAAUAUUGAUAUCGUCUGGUGGAUUAUCACAGUGAGUGUUGUCAACUCUCUUGGGCUGUUAGAGGUGCUGCUGUUAAGUGCUUGCAGAGUAGAUUGGGAGUCUGUAAAGACAACAAUAUCUGAUGGUGGUUGCACUCCUUUCAUCUAAUUUGUUUUCCACUGUCUGGAGUGCUAUGGUAAUUGCCUCAAUUUCGGCUUGGAAGUUUGAGCAGUAAUCACCACAGGGUGCACUUAUCUCAAAGUGUUUAUUUUUAGGGAAGACCAGGAAGGCAUCAAGACCAGCAUUGAUGGUAGCUUUGAAAGCCGAUCCGUCUGUAUAAAUAUGGAUAGCUGUUUCAAGCGUGCCUACUUUGAGCUCCAGUGGAUUUGAUUCUUUUGUUAAGGUGUUAUUUAGUAAAUGUGUUUUGAUGGUUGGUUGUUUGUAGUUUAGUCCGGGUGUAAUGUUUGAAAACCUGGUAAUUUUUUUCUCUGUUAUUGGGUAGGUGGUGUUUUAGGGCUAGUUCGUCAGUAAGUUGGAUCAGAGUCCUUUGCUUUUUUUGGUUGUUUUUCCUAUUUCUCUGAGUUAGUAAUUUAUUUGGAUGAUCGUCCUCCAACCUUCUGUAUCUCUCAAUAGCUUCUAAUGCUGCUCUGUUGCGCCUUAACUUAAGAGGUUCAAUAUUGGAGUCUAUUUCACAGGCUGCUGUGGGAGUAGUUCUCAUACCUCCACUAAUUAACAACAACUUAACUCUAUGCCUUAAUUUAUAUUAGAUUGUUUAAGAGUACUUUUAAGAACUUCCCUAUCACCAUGAUUAACUUUGAAAACUCUAUGCCAAUCCAGCAAGUGUCACAUCACUUUAAACUUGCUUUAACUGACUGAGAAAAAAGUUUAAGAAAUCUUUUUGUUCUGUAACGUGGAACGACAAGUCAAAAAACCACAAAAAAAAAAAAAAAAAGUAUGUUAGUUAUAACUUUUUAAUUGAGAUAUUUAAAUUAAAUUUUCAACAGGAAUGUAUGAGUAUGUGUCAUUUGUUUAUUAUUAUAAUCCUGAGACAGAAGUUUUAAUUUUAUUUUUCUAUGAUGCCUAUGUUGUCACUUAAAAUGUUGCAACUUUUUAGCCUUAAGAAAUUACUUAAUAGGCUUUUUAACAGAAAUGAAUAUGUUUUUGCUGAUACUGGUACUUUUAAUUUUUAAACUUUUUUUUUCAUACAUUGAGAGCUUAAAUAUUUGAAUCUUGAUAGACAAAGAUUUACAACAACAACAACAAAAAAAAAAAAAAACAACUACCGGUUGUAUUUAAAUUUAUAUACAAUGCAAAUAACAAACAGAUUUCUUGAUGUCAUCUGUGUGUUUGCAAAUGUAAGCCAGCAUCCAAAGCUUGUGAGCAUCAUGCAUUGUUUGAAGAUGAACAUUGUUUGGGUGUACCCUAUCUGUUUUGCUGAAAAAGUAAAAAUAAUCAAGACUUAAUAUAAAUGGUUCAGCUGUAUUGUGAAAUUAUACUUUUCAACAUUAAAUAAAUAAUAUCCUAUAUA